AGGCCGGUGCCCUGGGCCUGGGACCACAUUUUCGUGACGUUUUGUUGAAAUGGCAGAGCCAUGGGCCAAUGAAAUGCUUGUAAGCAGUUGCAGACGUCAUCUGAGAUCAACGUGAAUCGAAUGGUGCGUGGACGUAUUUCGGGGGGGAGUAGAAACUGUGGCCUGCUUGUAAUCACGGCCAAGGCUUAAGCGAUGCGCAUAGCAGAUGAAAAUGGGAAGCUGUGAAUGGCCAUGAGGCACCGAAUUUGAUGCCUGGAGUUAGUCAAAUUAACAUACGUUUUCUACCUGGCGAGGAAAAGCGGACACUGAGGGCGGGAGCCCAUCUCAGGUAGCUGGUUGGCUCGCCAGCGCGUGCAGUUAAUGCAGUUUAAAGUUUAAACGGGUCGCUUGCUCGCGCGGGUGACAGCGCGAAGGCACUGAUAUGCGGCGGUCCGGCUUUCAGUCACGUUCCGGAGCAGCCGGCACUUUUCACCCGGCGUGAACCAUCUUAAAUCCGCUCCUUCACUCACACCACGUAUUGUCACUUAAGCUCAGCAUUUGAGACCCGCUGCAUGCCAAAAAAUAAUUAUCCUGAUUUUGGGAGGGGUGGUUAUUGUUUUGUUUUGGACGUGUCAGUGGGGCUGACAGGUAGCUGUUGCGCAGCGGGCGGCAGCGCUGUGGUGGUGUAGGUAAGCCAGACCGCUCUUCGUCUGCCUAGUCUGCUCCGUAGCUGAAGGGUCUUCCCGUACCUCAAUUUUCCUGUCGUUUCGGCACUGACCGAAAGCGGGACAGCAGCCGCGUCUCGUGUCGCCGCAGCGGGAGUGGAAGGGACGCACGGCGGCGCACUCAAACCGUUCAAAGGAAGGCGGAGCAAGCAGUGAGCGGCAGCCAUGACUGGAGUGGGGACAGAGGAUGACAUCCCACCCGGCGAGAGGAAAACUGUCACAGAUUUCUGCUACUUGCUGGACAAGUCUAAGCAGCUCUUCAAUGGCUUAAGAGACCUGCCUCAGUAUGGCCAUAAGCAGUGGCAAUCCUAUUUUGGCCGCACAUUUGAUGUCUACACCAAGCUGUGGAAAUUUCAGCAGCAACACAGGCAGGUGCUGGAUAACAGGUAUGGUCUGAAGAGGUGGCAGAUUGGGGAGGUGGCUUCCAAGAUUGGACAACUGUACUACCACUAUUACCUCCGUACCUCUGAGACGAGUUACCUGAAUGAGGCGUUCUCUUUUUACUCCGCCAUCCGCCAGCGGUCCUACUAUUACCAGGUCAAUAAGGAAGACAGGCCUGAGCUGGUGGUGAAGAAGUUGAGGUACUAUGCUCGCUACAUCGUUGUUUGCUUGCUGCUUAACAAGAUGGACCUGGUCAAAGUGCUGGUGAAGGAGCUGUCAGAGGAGAUCGAGGACUACACCCAGCGCUUCAAUACGGAGGAUCAGCUGGAGUGGAACCUGGUGCUGCAAGAGGUGGCAGCCUUUGUGGAGGCAGACCCUGUGAUGGUGCUGAAUGAUGACAACGCGGUGGUGAUCAUGUCCAACCGGCUGCAGGAAGGCAUUGUGCCCCAGCUAGAGCAAGGCAUGGUGGUGGGCCAGCUCACCCUGGCUGAUGCGCUCAUCAUCGGUAACUGCAACAACCAGGUAAAGUUCAGUGAGCUGACCAUUGACAUGUUCCGUAUGCUGCAGGCAUUGGAAAGGGAGCCUGUCAACCUGGCUGCACAGAUGACUAAGCCAGGGACGCUGCAGGAGCCGAGCGAGAAACCAGCCAAGCGGGAGAACCCCCACAAGUACCUGCUGUACAAGCCCACCUUCAGCCAGCUGUACACCUUCCUGUCCGCCUCCUUCAAGGAGCUGCCAGCAAGCAGCGUGCUGCUGGUCUACCUGUCAGCCACUGGCGUCUUCCCCACAGGCCGCUCCGAUUAUGAAGGCACCUACCACGGGCCGUAUGAUUUCGGGGGUGUCCUAACCAAUACGAACCGGGAUGUGGUGAACGGAGAGGCCGUGCAGAAGAGGAACCAGGCCCUGAAGGAGAUGCACUGCCUGCACCCCGGAGACCUCUUCCCCUUCACCAGGAAGCCCCUCUUCAUCAUUGUCGACUCUUCCAACAGCACAGCCUACAAGAAUUUCUCGAACCUCUUUGGACAGCCAGUGGUGUGCCUGCUCUCUCCCACAGUGUACCCAAAGAGCAUGCAAGAUCAGACGCAGCGAGGCAGCCUCUUCACGCUCUUCUUGUACAGCCCACUGAUGGCCUUCCUGUCUGUAUGCGGCCUCAGCAGCCUCCGCCAGAGCCUGUGGGAGAAGGCCCAGGAUCUGCUGCGCAAGGCGUUCCGUGACAUCGGGCAGGCACUUGUGCGCUGCCGCUCCAUAGACCAGGCCUUCCUGCAGUUCUACGGGGACGAGUUCCUGCGGCUGCUCAUCAUCCGCUUCAUGUUUUGCUCGGCCACACUCCGGCUGCACAAGCUUUUCCGGGAGUCGCGCAGCUUUCCCGAGUCGUACCCGCAGCUGCCCAAGCAGGACACGGUGGAGAGCAGCCUGCUGCAGAAGCAUGUGCUGGAGCUCGCGGCCAUGCUGGACGUGCAGGACCUCUUCUAUGACAGCACGCUGGACACCUACUGACUGGCGCUGUAAAAACAUGCACACACUCACAGGCAUGUUCACACAUGCAUGCACACAAACACACACUCACUCACACACACACCGAAUGCUGCUUCCUACAAACCAAUACACAAGCAUUGAUUGGAUUCAGUAGUUUCAUAUCUGUGACUUUUCAGUGACUUUUCCACAUCCUUCUGCUUGCUAACUGUGAAGAGGUCAUGGCAGCUGUCACAUUGCUUUGUUCCCGGUACUAAGAGAUAUGCGCUGAUAGAACAGAGUGACGCUGUGGGCUGCACACGUGCCACACAGCCCACAUCGCACAUGUGUACACACACACACACUUACUUACAUACAUACAUACAUACAUCACACCUACCAGCAAACAGAGCAGCUCCCUGACUGACAGCAACGUGAACGGAGCCGAUGGCCACUGGGACGACAUCACUGCCUGCAAGCAACUGCUGAAGUUUACCUCUGAAGUUGCUUGCACAGUUACCCCCAGGCGGACUCCCGUGUUCAGCGGCAUCACGGCAUGCGCCGUUGGAAAGAGACUGCAUCAGAUGCACAUUCCCACCCGCUUUUUCCAAACAUAGUUCUAUCCUUGUAACUUUAGAAACAUUCACUUUUUACAAUGUAAAUUAAUCAUGUUUGUUUAAAAGGUUCUGUUUUUUAUUAUUAUCGAUACUGUAGCUUCCCUGCAUGCAGAGGUUGGUGUUGCUGUCUCUGUUAUCUUCCUGGGGCUGCUGCAGGUUGCCAUUGUCGUCCUCUGAUCCCCCCUGUCUGCUUUCCAAAUGGGUCUUCCGGGAGUGACAGUGUCAUGUGUCUGUAGAGGUCAGCCAGUUGAGCUUGUUGGCCACGCAUGUGUCUCCAUAGGCAGGCCUGGCAGAGGACAUGCAUGAUGCACAGCUUCGCAGUGUAUCAGUAGAGCUUUAUGCACAAAGGUCUUCCAUUGGUCAGAUCGUCCCCCUUAAACCUGCACAUCAGUCUGUGGCGUGCAGCCUGUUUAGUGUGUUAUACUGUCUGUACUCCAGCAUUUCACAGCCACAUUGCCAAGUCCCCAGAAUUGGCAUGGUCCUUAUGGUGAAUGGCACCUGUCCCAGAAACGCAGGAGAAUGCAAGUGGAGAGGCGAGUGCACAUAGAUACGUAUGAUCAUGCAAAAGGGAAAAGGGAAGGGAGCUGGCAUGGACCCCUCCAAAGCCAGUGCCACUCAGAGGCUGGGGGUGAGCUGCACCCUAGGGUCCGUGCUAACAGCCACUCACAUUUAUAAAUGUAUACAUAUGUAUAUAAGUGUAUAGGUGGUAAACAUGUGAGUGGUCUUGUUUUUAGUAUGUAUGGGAUUUUGUCACAGAAUCCAUUAAAAGACACUUGUUUGGCUCCAUGUCCCCUGGAGACAUUGCUAUUGGACCGUGAUACUGUCUGUGCCCCACCCCCUUCUGUUUUGUCAGCUGAGCCUGGCCCUGCCUACAUUCCAAGGACAAGAAGGGCGAGCUGAUGGGGUGAGGCUUCCCACUGCCCUCCCCACCGUGUUAAGGUGGUGACCCUGGAGCACUUUGGGACUGAAUCAUUCCUCUGUCUCUUCCUGUGACUUUUUAAUCUGUUUUAUCUGACUGAUGAUAAUAAUAAUCAUAAUAAUACCUUGCACUUUACUGUAUUGAAAUAUGAGCUCCUUUUGUUUCUUGUGCUGUUGGUAUCAGGCAUGUUAGUGACCCCCUCUCAGUUGUGCUGUUUCUCAUACCCCUCUGCACGUGACUGUACCUUUCACCUUGGGACAAGAAUACCCACAAGAAUUUUUAUACAGUCUUAAUGCACAGAAGCUGCCUGUCCCUGAAUCCCUGAAUGAUGGGCUUAUAGGCCACCUUCCAGAAAGUCGCAUGAUGCACCCCUCUCUGGAUUUACAGGAUUGGAACAAGUGCUGAGGCAUUUAUUGCCAUUGCAAAAAUUAUUCUCGAGUCCUGAGUUUGUUUUAUGGUAUAAAAGAUAAGUUGAAUCUAUAAAUGAAAUCCCAAUGGAUUAAUCACUGCCAGACUAAAAGGAGCAUUCCCUAGAAUGCAGCAGCUGGACCCUAACCCUAGGCAGUCUGUGUCGUGGACACCAUUGCUCAGUGCCAUUUACAGGUGGAGCUUCACCGCGUCCUUGAAUGGUGCCAGGCUGGCCUCCGUCUGUGGGCUCUGCAUCCAUUCCUUCUCAAAAUGGUCACUGCUUAGUUGUUUGUCCAGUGAUUGCAGGCUUUGGGAGCUAAUAGCACAGAUUUAAAGGCCAGAGAAAGAAGCACAGGCAUAUUUAUUUGGAGAGCAACAAGGUACUUAUCCUGCAAAAAAUAACAGUUUUCCUCCAGGAGACAACAAAGUGAUGAAACUGUGGUGCAAGUGAUCGCGAAGUACGCAUCACACAGCACUUUUCAUGUGUGUAAAAUGUGCUCAUGGAAGUAACAUAGCUACCUUUCCUUGAUAGCAUCUCGUAAAGCGUGAAAAGUGAAAGCGCAGCACUCGAAUGCUCCAGGCUGUUUUUUACACCGUAAUUUGUAAGCUGAUCUAAAAUGUUACUCAGUUCGUAUGAAUGAUUUUGUCAUGGUUCCUACUGUUGCACGAGGGACUGCUAUAAAGGUGACAGUAGUUAGAGAGUAUGCUUUAUAAGUUCAGGGUUGGUACUAGUUACUAGUUUAACCAGCUUCAUUUUGUUAUAUUACUUAAGAUGUUUUGUCCCAUUUGUUGCCAAAUUAUAUUAUUGUUCAUAAAAGAAAAAAAUAAACAUAAGCAUCCCAAAACAUGGAGCUUUCUUUAAAAAGUUUUAACUGAAUGCUAUUUAAGAGUAAUAAAAGUGGGACUAUGUAUUGUUUCCUUUGUACAGA